AUGAAUGGCUGUGAGCACGAUGAUGGAGACAGGAGCAAUGAGGAUGGAAGGGGAUGUCUGAGCUACGGAGAUAUUGAAAGGAGGCGUAAAGAAAUGGUAAGCCAGCAUGCAUACAGGCUGCUUCAGCAGAGAGAAAUGACCAAUAAAAGCAUUGAGCAGGAGCUAAGUAGAUAUGCACAGGAGGACGUGAUUAUGGCCAAUCUUAACAAGGUAACUGACGAACCGGCCAAUGAAGUAGAGAGCUGUGUAUCUGCUAUUGCUAUGAACUAUGACUCGCAAAGUGCACAGCUAAUAGCUGAAAGAGCAGCCAGUGAGCACAAAAAUAUUGAAAGCACAGUAGCUUUGGAUGCAUCGCAAGAAUACUGCACAAACAUUAUUUUCUCAAAUGAGUUUGUAUCCAGGUUUAUAUUGAACAGGAGGUAUGUAGAGAUAGAAGAGAGUAUCUGCAGGGAAAAGCUUGUGAUGCCAAGAUCGAUGCAAAUCCAAAUAAAGAUGCAAAUCAACAAAAGGUUGUCUCAGGUGAGUGGAAACGUCGGGCAAGUGGACAGGAUAUUUAAUGUACUGCGUGAAUAUUCAAACUCAUACUUGUUUAUCGAAACAUUUGUAUUGAAGCUUAUUGAGCAGGGGAGGAUACAAGUAAGUUCAUGUCCAAAUUCAUACAGAGAGUUUUCUGUGCUUUUUUGCAAAUUUUUCACAGUUGAAUUGAUGGAGUAUUUCCGAGUGGUUUUGUUUACGAUGAAGGCAACAAUAAACACAGUGCGUGGGAUGUACGGAAUAUACUUUGGAGUAUUGGAAAUAUUGGGAGAAGCCGACGAGGCGUGGUUUUUUAUUGCAUCUGUGCUGAACUCUGAGCAGAACGAAAUGUCUUGCUAUGUUGUUGAGUGUUUCUUUUCGAUUCUUGGCAAGAUGCUUUUUGCAAGAUGCAGAGGGCCGUUCAUCAAGCUAGUCGAGUAUACCAGGAAGUACUACAUCCGUGACAUGAGAAAUGAACCUUGUAAAAUACGCAUGCUAUCUAUUCUUGGAAAGUACAAUCUGUAA